CGCGGGGCCACCAGAGGUCGGGGUUCCGAGUGUUGGGUUGUAAAGUUAUAGAUUAAGCCAGGCGCAGGAUCAGUCGCCUCAGUCAAGCCAAGUUUGAUCAAGCAUACAUUGCUCCCGCAUAUUGAUAUUAUUAGCUCAACAUGUCCUCCACAUUCAACAUCGCAGGUCAGCAAGUCGGCCGUAUGGCCUACGGUCUAAUGCAGCUCACAUUGACCGCCACCCCUCCCUCUGAUGAAGACGCUUUCGCAGCGAUGAAAACUGCAGUGGACAACGGCUCAAACUGCUGGUCUUCUGCCGCUUUCUACGGCCCUCCCACAGAUCCAUUCGCCAACAUCAAGCUUCUCCGUCGAUUCUUCGACAAAUAUCCCGAGUACAAGACCAAGGUUGUCUUGGUGAUCAAGGGCGGAGUGGUUUUCACGGGGACCGGCCCUGUCGCUGUCGGCGACGAUCUGGACUACCUUCGAAAAGAGCUCAAGACUUUCAAGGACAUCCUCGGCGACAAAGCCGUCGACGUCUUUUCUCUCGCUCGUCUUCCCAACCCACCUGUAGAAGACAUCUUCAAGGGGCUCGUCACUUUGCAAAACGAGGGCUGGUUUAACGCUAUCGCCGGGAGUGAGAUGUCUGCCGCUUCUUUGGAGAGAGCUUCCAAGAUCACGCCAAUCGUCCUUAACGAAAUCGAAGUGUCACUCAUGUCAUACGAACCCUCCAUCCGCGCCGCUAUCGCCUGGUCCGAAGCAAACAAAGUCCCCUUCUUCGCCUAUUCUCCCCUCGGUCGCGGUCUUCUCACACGUACCUUCACCACCCCCGACCACGCCCCAGGCUCUGCAGGGGCCCAUACCCCUAGACUUCAGGGAGACGCGUUCUAUCAGAAUAUGAAGCUGGUGGAUUUGGUAGAUGAGAUAGCGGAGAAGAAGGGUGUGAAGAGCGGAGAGCUCGCUCUCGCCUGGUCUAUGCCUCUUCCUGGCACAACCAAGCCCGAGCGUGUCAUUGAGAACAUCAAUGCUGCCAACAUCAAGCUUACAGCCGAGGAACUUGGUGCUCUACAGCACAUUGUCGAUACUUUCGAGGUUAAAGGCCCACGUUAUAUCGAGGCCGCUCUUCCAGAUCUGAUGAAGUAG